UUCCGUCCCAUGUGCUCCUCCAUCCCGCAGUCGGUGUUAGACGUGCUAGGGUUUUCCAUCCCUGUGUUCCUCCCGCGAAGUCUUCAUCUUCACCGUCCGAUUAAACGAAACCUAACCGAACCUUACUCCCUCCCGCUUCCCCGCUUUCUUGCUUCAAAAAUCCUUAUAAUCUAUCUUCCAGCCCGGAUUAUUCUUUCUCUUUUUCUUGAAAAAAAAAAAGGGCCUUGAAUCCGGCAUACAACAAAACCUGUCUAGGUUUUUCUAGGGUUUGAGUUCCAUUUGGCGGCCGGUGGGGUUGGUCUCCGUGGAUGUCGGAGCUGCUCCGUCUCGUUUCUAGGGUUUCCGAGGGUACGUUCUCGUCUAUACUAUAAUCCAGGGUGAAGCGAUGCAGACGGAGGCGCGGGUCGGGGUGGUGGUGGAGGGCGGAGGACAGAGGGCUGUCGCCUCCGGCCACGAUGCCGCCGUUGACGGCGGGGUCCGCCGGUUCUCCGCCGCGCACCACCAGCGGAACCGGCAGCAGGACCUGCAGCAGCAGCCGCAGAUCGGGACGGUGGCGCAUCUCCUCGCUGGAGGGGUCGCCGGAGCGGUCAGCAAGACCUGCACGGCUCCCCUUGCUCGCCUCACCAUUCUCUUCCAGGUGCAAGGCAUGCAUUCUGAUGUUGCAGCUCUAAGCAAGGCUAGCAUAUGGCGCGAGGCUUCCCGUAUUGUUUACGAGGAAGGGUUUAGAGCAUUCUGGAAGGGAAAUUUGGUUACUAUUGCUCAUCGCUUACCUUAUUCCUCGAUUAGCUUUUAUGCUUAUGAACGCUACAAGCAUUUUCUACAGUUAAUUCCUGGGCUAGAUAGACAUAAAGAAUAUGCUAGUGCAGAUGUAUGUGUGCGAUUAAUAGGUGGUGGUCUGGCAGGAAUUACAGCUGCAUCUAUGACGUACCCAUUGGACCUCGUGAGGACGCGUCUUGCUGCUCAGACAAAGACUAUAUAUUACCGAGGCAUUUCACAUGCACUCUAUGCCAUCUGCAGAGAUGAGGGUGCAAAAGGGUUGUAUAAGGGCCUUGGAGCAACAUUACUGGGGGUUGGACCUAGUAUAGCAAUCAGCUUUUCUGUUUAUGAAACAUUGAGAUCGCAGUGGCAAUUACAAAGGCCACAUGACAGUGCAGUCUUUGUUAACUUGGCUUGUGGAAGUCUUUCUGGCAUCGCAUCAUCAACAGUGACAUUUCCAUUGGAUCUUGUGAGGAGGAGGAUGCAAUUGGAAGGUGCAGGUGGGAGGGCUCGUGUUUACAACUCGGGCCUUUUUGGGACAUUCAGGCACAUAGUUCACACAGAAGGCUUUCGAGGCUUGUACAGAGGCAUCCUGCCAGAGUACUGCAAAGUUGUUCCCAGCGUUGGCAUUGUUUUUAUGACUUAUGAGAUACUCAAGUCAUUCCUGUCAGGCACACCAGAUGAUGGCUAGUGCUGGAAACCUUCUAAUAUGCAGCAUAUCUGUGAUCUUUGAGCUCUGCCAUUGACACAUAAUUGAGUUCUUAUUUGAGAUUAUGAGUAUGUAGUACCCCUAAGCAAUCACAUGGUAGUAAGUUUUGCAAUUACUGCCAUGAAAAGGUUUUCAUUUCGUGUAUAGAUAUAUAAUUAUUUCAUGUGAGAGUCAAGAGAUGUAACUGCUAUACAACUUACAUUUGCUGCUUGUGAUCAUUUUCUCGUCAACAUGUAUUUCCCAUAUUUUUUAACUUAGAGAAAAAAAUUAUUUGGUUCUUCUUUCAAGCCUUCCUGUUGAUUUUGUGAUGGUGUAAAUGUGAUCUGACUUUACUAAAAAAGGGAAUUGUUGAGUAAUUAGGAAUUCUGGAAAUUCUACUUUGGAGCAUUUAGUAGACUAACAUCUGUAUGCUGCUACUUGUUAUAGUUUCAGGAAAUUACUAGCUUCAGUGCCAGAAAGAACGUUGGAGAAGAUUAUCUGUAGCUGCCAUCAUAGACGUGGAGAAAUGCGAUUUGAAGGAUAUUGAAGAGGCUUUUUUCUGGCGAUAGAUACUUGAGAUGUAGCAAAGCUUUCGCAGCUUGGAUAGGUACCUAUAAAGAGGAGACAGGCACGAGUAAACAAAUUCCUCUGCACAAUUGAUAAUUAAGUGCAAGAUGAUCUUGCCAUACAGAAAAUAGGAAAAACUGCCACACCUAUUAGAAACAUUUUGUAUCUAUUGAUUGUAUUAGCUUGCUGUUGAAUUAUAAUUCAAGUAGGCACCGAAGUUCUAAUUCUUGGCAUCUUCACCCCAGAAAAUCCUGUUUGAUAAGCAGUGAUAUAAAGAUGGAAACCAUUCUGAAGGGGGACCUGUUUGAAGAUUGAGUUGUCAUAAAGAAUGUGCUAGUUGUCUUUAUGUUCACACGAUUAAAUAAAAAGCCGAUUCUUGAUGCA